GAAGGUUUGCGUUCAUGGAUUUCUUCAUCAAGAUCAGGUUGCAAAAUCUGGGGCUUGGUGAACAGCAUUACAAAAGGAGAACUGGCUGAAAGGAGUCAGGGUUUUUCAUUUGGUUGGACAGAUUCAUCCUGGAGCAGCCAUGGUCUACAUGAAUUUGAAAUCCAUCACCCAGCCUGUGGGGAUCUUACGAAUAUUGGCGGUCGUUGUCACCUGCAUGAGUUUCAGCCUGGUGGCCUCAGCGACACCUGACUCCUUGUCCUACUGGGGAUGGUGCAUAUUCACCUGGGUCUUCUGCUGCUUCUUCACCCUUCUCAUUCUCAUCCUGGAGUUCACCACCAUCAGCACCAAAGUGCCUUUUGCCUGGGAGGACUUCACUGCUGCCUUUGCUAUUUUGUCAAGUGUGAUGUGCCUGUGUGCCGCCAUCAUGUACCCUACCUUUUUCGCCUGCAACACAUGUCACCGCCAGAUUGGAGCCUCUGUGGUAUCCUGGGUUUGUUUUGCUGUGUACGUGGCUGAGGUAGUCCUAACACGCCUUCGCCCGAGUGGACAGGACAGUGGAUUUCUCUCCACGCCGCCGGGAAUAAUGAAGAUGCUGGAGAGCUUCUUUGCGUGUCUCAUUUUCCUGUCAUUGGAACGUGGCCACUACUCAGGCCAUCAGUUCGCCUCAGGACUGAACUGGUGUAUAGCUGUGUACUCCCUGUGUUUCAUUUUCGCCAUCGCCAUAAUCCUGCUCACUCUUGUAAAUAUUACUGCCUAUUUUCCUUUCCCUUUUGACAAGGUUGUGAUUGUCUGUAAUGUUUUGGCAGCUGUGAUGUACCUAACAGUCAUGGUUAUGUGGCCACUGUAUUCUUUUCACAACAAUAAGAGACCAGCAACCUGUGGCCGCUUGUGUUCCUGGGAUAAAUUGGUUCUGAUCACCGUCAUGACAGUCUUCAACUGUAUUGUGUACAUACUGGACUCAAUCUACUCCAUACUUCUAGUCUUUUUUCUCAGAAAUGAAUGAGAUGCUGUUCAUCUAGACUAUUACAAAAGGACUUAUACUUUAAAUAGUCUUUUCUGAACGACAAAAAAGACUAUUUCUGUGCCAAUAGUUGAUUGUUGAUCAGCUUUUGCUUAUCAAACAAGUAUAUAUGUAAUGGAAAAGAUUACCCAAUUGGUUAUACAACACAGCCAAGAAAGACAAUUGGUUAAACAUUAGACAUGUGAUAUCAUUGUAAUAAAAUGACAAAUAGCUGUGUGAAACUUUGAAUCACAAGGGUAAUGAAAUGGAAAUAACACUGCACUCAUGUUUUAAUUUUAUUGCCAAACAUUUAUUGUCAUUAAUGUUAAAUUGUGUCAAGUCAGGGUGAAGCUACUGUCUGAGAUUAAUAAACAUUUAUAC